GACUCGGUGAGUGAAAAAGCCGGCGCCAAAGGAGAGCUCUGCAAAAUUUGUUGUUAUUUUAGGAUAAGGCGAAGGCCUCCCCUCGCCCUCUGGCCUCUCCUUUCAAUUUCCUCUCUCUCACUCCUCUCUCUCUCUCUCUCUUGUUCUUGUUGUUCUUUUUCUUCCCCCCAUUUUCAUCCACUUUACUUCCAAAACCCAUUUGGGGAAGAGGGAGUUUUCAGCGUAAUGGUCAAUCUUCAAGCUUCCUUGUUUUGCAAUCCUUCUUUUUCUCCCUUGCCUCUGCUUUCUCCUCCUCGCCCCCCUCUUUCUUCUUCUUCUUCUGCUGCUGCGAGGCAGAGGAUUCCCUGCUCUCUGUUUUUGCCUUUCCACUAUCCGCACACUUCUCGCUCCAUUUCUUGCAACUCAUUUUCGUUUUCUAAUCUACGAUUUGGGUCGCGUUCUUCUUCUUCUGUUCCGUGUACAUUGCACCCCGAGUAUGGGAAUUUCAAUUCAGAAUCAAUUUCUUCGGCGGGCGGCUAUAUGGGUUCUGGUCCUCAAGAUUUGGGAAUUGAUGGGUUCGGCGAUCAGGGCGUGAGGUUCGAUGGGGGCAAGUUGGAGGAUGGUGGAGGCGAUGGCGCCAGAAAUGGGGCCUCCGAAUUUGAGAUGAAUAAUGAUGAUAAUGGCGAGGCAGUGUUGGAUACUUCUGGAUUGAGUGUGGAAAUGGUGGGAAGUGAGAGUGAAAUUCAGACCGAGAAAGAGAGGAAGUGGAGGAGGUUGCCGUUUGUGGUGUUCUUGAUGGGAUUGUGGGCAGCGACCAGAAGGAAAUUUGAGAAGGUAAUUGAAAUCGUAAUGGACUGGUACAGUUGGUGGCCAUUUUGGCGGCAGGAGAAGCGGCUGGAGCGGUUGACUGCAGAGGCAGAUGCGAACCCGAAGGAUGCGGCGAAGCAGAGUGCUCUAUUAGCCGAGUUGAAUAAGCAGAGUCCUGAGUCUGUCAUUAGGCGUUUUGAACAAAGGGAUCAUGCUGUAGACAGUAGAGGAGUAGUGGAGUAUCUUCGAGCUCUUGUGGUCACCAAUGCCAUUGCUGAAUAUCUUCCAGAUUCUGAAAAUGGAAGACCGUCCACUCUUCCUACAUUGCUACAAGAGUUGAAGCAGCGUGCUUCAGGAAAUGUGGAUGAGCCCUUUAUGAACCCUGGCAUUUCUGAGAAACAACCAUUGCAUGUAGUAAUGGUUGACCCUAAAGUGCCCAACAAGUCUCGUUUCAUACAAGAACUUAUCUCCACUAUACUUUUCACAGUUGCUGUUGGAUUAGUAUGGUUUAUGGGUGCUACUGCACUUCAAAAGUACAUAGGGAGUUUGGGGGGCAUAGGAACCUCAGGCGUUGGUUCAAGUUCUUCAUAUGCACCAAAGGAGUUAAAUAAAGAAGUUACGCCGGAGAAGAAUGUCAAGACAUUUAAGGACGUUAAAGGUUGUGAUGAUGCAAAGCAAGAGCUGGAAGAAGUGGUGGAGUACCUGAAAAACCCUUCCAAGUUUACUCGGCUUGGUGGAAAGUUGCCAAAGGGAAUUCUUUUAACAGGAGCCCCAGGAACUGGAAAAACUUUACUUGCCAAGGCUAUCGCUGGUGAAGCUGGUGUACCAUUUUUCUAUAAAGCAGGAUCCGAGUUUGAAGAAAUGUUUGUUGGUGUUGGUGCUCGGCGUGUAAGAUCAUUAUUUCAAGCAGCCAAGAAAAAGGCUCCUUGCAUCAUUUUUAUCGACGAAAUAGAUGCUGUUGGGUCCACUAGAAAACAGUGGGAAGGCCACACAAAAAAAACAUUGCAUCAACUGCUUGUUGAAAUGGAUGGCUUUGAACAGAAUGAGGGUAUCAUAUUGAUGGCUGCUACGAACUUGCCAGAUAUUCUCGAUCCAGCUUUGACACGGCCUGGUAGAUUUGACAGGCAUAUUGUUGUCCCGAACCCUGAUGUACGCGGUCGCCAAGAGAUUCUAGAGCUCUAUUUACAAGAUAAACCAUUGGCUGAUGAUGUAGAUGUUAAAGCAAUCGCUCGAGGUACACCAGGAUUUAAUGGGGCUGAUCUUGCAAAUCUGGUGAACAUUGCAGCCAUUAAAGCUGCAGUUGAAGGUGCAGAAAAGUUGAACUCUACGCAGUUGGAAUUCGCAAAAGAUAGAAUAGUUAUGGGUACUGAGAGGAAAACAAUGUUUUUAUCAGAAGAGUCAAAGAAGCUCACUGCGUAUCAUGAGAGUGGUCAUGCAAUUGUCGCUUUUAAUACCGAGGGUGCGCAUCCAAUUCAUAAGGCAACGAUCAUGCCUCGUGGAUCUGCUCUAGGAAUGGUCACACAGCUUCCUUCGAGUGACGAGACAUCUAUUAGCAAGAAGCAACUAUUAGCACGACUCGACGUUUGUAUGGGAGGAAGAGUUGCGGAAGAGAUCAUAUUUGGGGAGGACCAUAUCACCACUGGAGCAAGUAGUGAUCUUCACACAGCUACAGAACUUGCCCAAUAUAUGGUGUCAAAUUGCGGGAUGAGUGAUGCAAUUGGACCGGUUCAUAUCAAAGAACGUCCGAGCUCAGAACUGCAAUCCCGUAUCGAUGCUGAAGUGGUUAAACUCCUUAGAGAUGCAUAUGACCGUGUGAAAGCCCUCUUAAAGGAGCAUGAGAAGGCAUUACAUGCACUAUCAAAUGCCCUCUUAGAAUGUGAGACACUCAAUGCAGAAGAAAUAAAGAGGAUUUUACUUCCUUAUAGUAGAGAAGGGCCGUUGCCAGACCAACAAGUAGAAGAAGAACAAGGGGAUCUUGUGUUGGCUUGAUUGAAGUUCACUGACGUUGCAGCAGCCCAUUGCCAUCACUGUAAAGUACCUGAAUCAACCAAGAAAGAGAGGUGAUAUUUUAUAAUUUAUUCCGAUACAUAUGAUGGGUUUAUAGAUAGUAAAUGUAGGAUCUUCUUAGCAACUUCUUCAGGCAGAUUGUGUAUUAUUGCCACUUUCCACAAGUGGGGCGAAUUUUUGAACACAACAAUCAGUUUCUUAAUAUAUUUCUUUUCAGGAAGAACGCUUUGUAAUAUUUGACAUUUUUUUCUUCUGACAGCACACGUAAUUUUGAUGUUCAGUCAUCAAUGUUACUGUUGUAUAAAAUCUAUUCUUCUUUGAUAUCGAUUUAA